GGCGGCCAUGUCAAACAGCGAGGGGGCAUGUUUUUUCCUUGACAGUCUUUGCAAUUUCAAAUCCUCAAGAGGCAGUGGAUGCAAAUCUUCAAAUAUUUUACGGCAGAUACAGAUACCAAGGGAGGAACUAGAGCCGUGGGAUAACAUGAAGGGCCAGUCAGUGCAAUGGAGCGUGGCCAUUGUUCUGAGUCUCUGGUCACUGGCCAAUGCAGUGCCACAAAGUGCUCCCAUUGUUUUGGAUAUCACUCCUUACCACGGCAGCAUCAAUGGAGCAACCAGGCUGACAAUUAAAGGACACGGUUUUUUGGGAGAAAGGCCAUUUGAUUACACAGGAGGAAGUGGAGAACUAGGCAACAAGGUGCAACUCCUUUCGGAAUCCAGGUCCAUCCCCUGUGAUGUAGAGAAAGAUUUCAGCCACAGCACACAGAUUAUUUGCUACACCAGACCACUACCAAAGGACAGCUAUCAGGUUGUAGUGAGUGUAGAUGGGGUGCUAAUUAAUUCCAUCAAGAUGCUGAUCUUUAAAUCAGAACGUCAUUAUACACCAACCAUUGAGAAGAUUUCACCAUCGUCUGGGUUACCAGGUCAACUCAUUAACAUAUCUGGAAAUAUUUUUACUGAUAUCUACGGCAGCAACAAGCCUGUUGACUCCAAUCGCAGAAGUACCAGGAUUUUGAGAGUCUACGCUGGAGGAAUGCUUUGUGAGCUGCUUCACCCUGAGUCGGAUAUGUUCUACGGUUUGAAACUUGAUAACAUGUACAGUGACAGUGGCACGAUGACUUGUAAAAUGACUGGAACGUAUGUUGGUCACCACAAUGUGAGUUUCAUUUUGGACAAUGGCCAUGGAAGGUCUUUGCCUAAUCCAAGCACUUACUUCAUUUCUUCCCUGAAUAAACUCAGCAUGUUCCAGACCUAUGCAGAGGUGACCGGGAUCUAUCCGUCUGAAGGGAGUGUGGAAGGAGGAACUCUCCUGACUGUGACUGGGCGGUUCUUUGAUGAAACAGAUGCCCCUGCCAGAGUUACUGUGGGAGGUCAGAGCUGUGAGGUCCUAAGUGUCAAUGCAACUCAAAUAAUCUGUCAGACCCCAAAGGAAGCCAGUCAUCUCACAACAGUUUUUCCAGGAGGAAGAGGAUUGAAAAUAGAAACAUGGCAAGGUGGCAACUUGGAUGAUUUACCAGACUACAAUGAAAAUACUCCAGGAUAUUCAGUAUCUUGGACUGAUGAUGCUUUAUACAAGCCAUCCACAUCAUGGAGUCCAUCUGUAACACGUUUAAGUGGGUUCUUUGUUGCUCCAGAGACUGACAAUUACCAGUUCUAUGUCAAAGAGUCGGGUUCGUUCCGGCUUUAUUUCAGUUUAAGUGGAAUCCCUCAGGACAAGGUGAACAUUGCUUAUCAGUCUCAGAAUCUCCGGAGAGCUGGUAACCAAGAAUUUAACACUAUGCCACUUCAGAAAGGGAAAGAAUAUUACAUCGAAUUGGUGCUGCAGGACACCACCAGGUCCUCCUUUAGUAUUUGUAUGUACAGGGAGAGCAUCUCCUACACAAAACAACAGACAGCAGACUCUGUCAGAGAAGCCCAGCUCAUCAAAUCACGCUCGGAAACUCUCCAUGAGAAACAGAUGUUGACUCUGGAGAACUGGAAUAUGGGAAAUGCAGUCAAUGAGAUUCAGGAAAUCAUCAUCAGCAGCUCUUGUAAAAAGAUUGGUACCUGUUCAUACAUUUGGUACAGGCUCAUGUAUAAUCAAGAACGCACAGUCCUUAUUCCUAUGGGCGCUACAGCUGCAAAGAUUCAACAAGCUUUAAAUGAUCUGUGGACUAUUAAACCGGAUAAAGUUCAUGUGUCAAGCAAGUCAACCAUCAAUGGCUGUAUUUAUAAAGUGACCUUCACAUCCACAAGAGGAGAUUUUGAUUUACUUCAAUAUGAGAUCCUGAGUGGAAAUAAUGUCACCAUCAAAGUGGUGGAAAGAACUAAAGGGAAGCCCAGAAUGGAUACAUUUACACUGAUGCUGGGUGGAAUCAACUCUAGACCCAUUUCACAUACAGCAAGUGUUACUGAGGUCAAAGCUGCUUUAGAAGGAAUGUUGGAUGUAAAAUGUCCAGACCACGUAGUUAACUACAGGAAAGGGUUUAAAGUCUAUUAUUUCAACAAUUUUGAGGAUGACUUAUCCCAGAAUACGUUCCAAAGUGGCCAGGUGACAAGGAAAACUAAUGCUUUCUGUGGACGUUAUUGUGUAAAAAAUCCCAUAUCCUUGUUUGGCUUUGCAAAUUAUCAUCAACCAUUUUCAUUACGCAUAUACAAAGAGCUUUGUUUUGCAUAUAAAGGCCAUUUGAGAAAUAAUCUUCGCCUGUUAUUCACUUACAAGAUUGAUGGUGAAACAAAUACAAAGGAUAUUUGGUUCCAAUACAGUUUUGCUCAAGAUGAUCAAUGGACCUACACCUGCAUCAAUUUGUAUGAACUUAUUAUAACCAGAUUUCCCAGAGGAAGAAACGUUUUAUUGAAGGGAAUUUAUCUACAGGCAGCAGGAGACCAGGAUUUCUUUGUGGACACUGUGUACAUUGGACAGAAGGCUACAUUGAAGAGACAAGAUGAUAUACCAAUGGUAGCUUACCCUCCGUUAUUUGACAAAGGAAUUCUUAUUGAGGACAUCAUAGUUACUGAAGGAGGAACUAAAAAUGCUGGUGUACACAGUCAGUAUGAAGUAACUAUGGUUACUAUCGACUGUGGCUGCAACAUUCCAUUGCUCGAGAUUGCCUUUGCUCAGCCUUUGGCUAAUAACACAAAGGAUGAGAUAGUUUACAGAGGGAGCACUUGGCCUGAGGGGGCCAUUUUAAGAGUUCAGAGAACACAAGCAGCAUCUUCUCCAAUUUCUGGUACCUUCGAUAUUCAGUUCUUUGGGAAAACUUUGAAAGAUUUGCCAGUUAAUGUUACAGCCUUGGAAAUGCAAUAUGCCUUAGAAACAAUCCCUCAGAUGGGGACAGUUUCUGUGAUGAAAACAGGCAACUGUUCUGCUGCCCAGUGGACAGUGAGAUGGCUCAGCAAGCCUGGCAAUCAGCCCAAACUAAAGAUUAAUGGUGUGAAUGUUAUUGGAGUCAAUGCAACAGUAAAAGUUUACAAUAAGCAGCGAGGAGGGCUGUUUAGUGAACAUCUGAUGGGUGAUCUGUUCCGGACACCACACACACAGCCUCAGGUAGAGGUUUUCAUCAAUGGUAUUCCCAGUAACUGUUCUGGAAAUUGUGGAUAUGAAUGGAGUGCUGAGAAAACCCCUGCCAUUUCACACAUUACCCCAACAACAGGAUCCAGGACCGGUGGGACUGUUCUAACAAUAACAGGCUUCAGAUUUGCCAACAGUUCGAUGACUGAUACCACAUGGGUUUCGAUUGGAGGUACCCAUUGUCCAAUCACAGGGUUAACUGAUACCGAAAUAACCUGUGCAAUUGGAGCUGCCAGUAAUACAUCAUCUCCCCUCAUUGUUUACAUCGCUGGGCUUGGCUUUGCAAACUAUUCCAGCAACCAGGCAUACACGUUUACCUUUCAGUUUGAGACGACGAGUGUAUAUCCAUCUGCAGGCAGCACUGAAGGAGGGACAAUUCUGACCAUAUCUGGCUAUGGAUUUGUUCCUAAUUCAACGGUUUUAAUUGGAGGGAAGACCUGCCUUGAACUUACAGAAGGUCCUGUCAAGAUGACAUGCAGUACACCACCGGCCCCAGUUGGGAAGUACAACAUCUCAGUAAUUGCAGCUGGAAUAUCCAACCCAGUUCCCUUCUCCUUCAUUUACAUUGAUGCAAAGAUUCCAGUAAUUUCAGAAGUGAUUCCAAGAACAAGCAGUGUGUCAGGUGGUUCCAAUCUGACAAUCUAUGGAUCGGAUUUCGGCAACAAAUCUGAGGAUAGUUUUGUAGUUAUUGGGAAUUCUGAGUGUGCGAUUCUUCGAUGGUCAACUACCAACAUUAUGUGUCGUCUGCCCAGUCUCCCUCCAGCAAAUUACAGUAUCUAUGUACAAACUCAUGUUGGCAAAUCCCUAAGUGCUUCAAUUGAGUAUAUCUUGCGUGUAACAGAAGUGACUCCUCAGCAGGGCUCGUUGUAUGGAAGCACAAAAAUCACCAUAUCUGGAUCUGGUUUCAGUCCUGUCCUAGAAGACAAUGUUGUCCAAAUUGGUUCUGUUCCAUGUCACAUAAACUUUGCUUCAACAAAUAUGCUCGAGUGUGUUACUGGUCAAACUGGAAGAAAAUUUGUCAUCGACAACAAUGGCAGCAGUCAAACAUUUGGCGUGGGGUUUAAGUGGAAUCCCUCAAACCUGGAUAUCUUUGUUGGGGAUACAGUACAGUGGCAGUGGAAGGGCCCAUCCUUACUUCAGAAUUUGAAAUACAGAGUCUUCAGUGUCUCCAAGCCCAGCGAUGUAAACUACCAAGGCAGUGGGUUUAUCAGUGGCAAUGUGAGCACUACAUCAGGUUCGUUCUCUCAUCAUUUCACCUCCCCUGGGACUUAUUACUACAGCAGUGGUUAUGUGGACCAGAAACAAAGCAUCACUCUCCAAGGGGUGGUGAAUGUGAAGCCAACUGAGGAAAGCAUCAAAAGUGUACACGUUUAUUUAGCAGGGAUUGAAGCGGAAUAUGUACCAGGGCCUUCUGAGAAACUACAUUCACAACUAAAAAGUAAUAACGACUGUACAGCACGAAAACCCACCUGUAACCAGGCAUUGAACAAGGCCGAUGAAAGAAGCUUCACAUUUCAUCUGUCUCUCUGCUGCUCCCCCACAAUUAACAGCAUCGCACCCUCGAAGGGAACAAUGAAAGACAGGCUAACCAUUACUGGCACUGGAUUCAGUAACAUUAGCUGUGCAAACGAGGUGAGAGUUGGAGCACAUCGGUGUGUCGUUGAAAAUAGCACAGAGAGUGAACUUUUAUGUCGGAUAGAUCCUGAGGGAGUGAUGGAUGUUGGUGUUGCAGCUCUGGUGUCUGUUACCAUCCAGAACCUUGGCGCUGCUAUCAAUCCUUUAGCCGAUGAAAUGAGUCGUCGUUUUGUGCUGCUUCCUCACAUUGACGCUGUUAACCCCAAUGUUGGGUCCACAAUGGGAAAGACCAGAGUAACCAUCACUGGGUCAGGUUUUGGAGCUGACCUGGAUGCUGUCACGGUCCACUUGGCCAAUGUGUUUUGCAUGGUGGUUUCUGCAAACUACACACAUGUCAUCUGUGACUCUUCAGCUUCUAUUGUCUCCAAUGGGAUCGUCACACUUUCUAUUCGUGGCAUCCCAGCUGUGUGUAGCGGGGCCUGUGACUACUCCUAUGCAGAGAAUGCAGCACCAAUCGUACUGAAUGUAUCUUCUAUGUUUCUGACCACAGUUUACACACAGCUCACUGUAAGUGGCAGUGGAUUUGGAAACCGUGUGGAGGAGGCUUUCAUUCUUAUAGGAGAUGCCAGUUUUGUUCCGAGCGAUGUUUCAGACAGCAGUAUGAACUGCACCGUGGGUCCCAUACCUGUUGGCAAGCACACACUCAGAGUUUUAACAUUAAAUAAAGGUCUGUCACUUAGAGGGAUUCCCAUCACCAAUGCUGCCAGAGCUUCCCUCUCUCCGGCAUCGGGAGGUAUUCAUGGUGGGACCACAUUGUUAAUAACAGGAAACGGUUUUGUCCAGGAUGAAACCACAGUGACAGUUCACGGAUCUCCAUGUCACCUUCUUUCAGUCACUCCAGGGGAAGUUAAGUGCAUCAUCCCAGCUGGUCCCCCAGGCACUGUCGAUGUAAGGAUUAUUGUUCAUUCUACAAUGUAUCCUGUCCUUAAAUUUACCUACAACCAAAGAAAGACUCCGAAAAUUCAAGCCGUGUCUCCAGCAACAGGUGUAAGCGAAUCAACAAUCACCAUCGUUGGGUCAGGAUUUGGAUCUGCUGCCACUGAUAUCACCGUCUUCAUAGGCAAUGUCUUGUGUAAUGUGACCUUAAUGAAUGAAAGCUGUGUUCAGUGCAUUGUGGGGCAUCAUGCUGGUGGCAUAUUCCCAAUAUUUCUGAAAAACAAGAGGUGGGGCUAUGCAUCGACUGAUUUCUCCUUUCAGUACGAGCUCAAUAUAACCAGUAUCUCUCCAACCAAAGGGGGCUUUGGUGGUGGCACAUUACUGACAAUAAGGGGCAUUGGAUUUGACCAACAAAAAUCCCAAGUGUUUGUGUGUGAUGGUGAAUGCAGGAAGGUGCCAUCAGCCUCCACUUCAAGCAAUCUCUACUGUCAGGUGCCUCUGCAUAAUGGUACCGACCCCCAGCUGGCGUGUGAAGUGGUUGUUGUAAAUGGUAAUGUUUCAAGCAAAGUGCACAACGGCUUCACCUACUCUUUAGCUUUGACCCCUGUAAUUACAACUAUUAGCCCCAGGAGAGGAGGAACUGGGGGAGGCACCAAGCUGACCAUUACAGGGUCAGGUUUCAGUUCAGACAUAAGUGAGAAUAAGGUGACUAUUGCUGAAAGUACCUGUGAUAUCCAGUCUGUGAAUGAAACCCACAUUGUGUGUGUUACCAGCGCACAUUUUCCAUCACAACAAACUAAAGUCAUUGUGAGCGUACAGGAAAAUGGCAUCGCCCAGCUGGACAAUGCAGAUUUCUACUACAUUGAUGUCUGGUCCUCACGUUACACAUGGGGAGGUGACACACCUCCUGAGACAGGCUCACUUGUUGUUAUCACCAAAGGGCAGACUGUACUCCUGGACCAAAGUACCCCUGUUCUGAAGAUGCUUGUUAUUCAAGGUGGAACCCUUCUGUUCGAUGACGCUGACAUUGAGCUUCAAACAGAAAACAUUCUCAUCCUGGAUGGAGGAGUGUUCCAGAUUGGAACAGAGUCCUCCCCAUUCAGGCACAAGGCAAUAAUCACACUGCAUGGUCAUCUACGAGCAAAGGAACUGCCCCUGUAUGGAGCCAAGACGCUGGCAGUUCGAGAGGGAACCCUGGACCUUCAUGGCCUUCCUGUUCCUGUAACCUGGACUCAUUUAGCUCAGACUGCUGAAGCAGGCUCCUCAACUCUCAUUUUACAAAAACCUGUGACAUGGAGACCAGGAGAUAAGAUUGUCAUUGCUUCAACAGGUGACAGGCACAGCCAGAGAGAAAAUGAGGACAGGAUUAUAGAGGCUGUCUCAGAUGAUGGACGGACUCUGAACCUUACUGAGCCACUCACCUAUCAGCACCUGGGGGUAUCAAUCCGCCUGCCUGAUGGCGUUGUGUUUGAAGCCAGAGCGGAAGUGGGUUUACUGACUCGCAAUAUCGUUAUCCGAGGCUCAAAUCACGUCGAGUGGAAUGAUCAAAUUGAAGCAUGUCCUGAUGGGUUUGACACGGGUGAAUUUGCAACACAGACUUGUUUGCAGGGACGUUUUGGUGAAGAAAUUGGGAGUGACCAGUUUGGAGGCUGCAUUAUGUUCCACAAUCCACAGCCCAGCAAGGACCUUGUAGUGGGGAGAAUUGAAUAUGUUGAGAUAUAUUAUGCAGGACAAGCCUUUCGUUUGGGUCGCUACCCAAUCCACUGGCACCUUAUGGGAGACCUGAGAUAUGAGUCAUAUGUGAGAGGCUGUGCCAUACACCAGACCUUCAACAGGGCUGUGACUAUCCAUGGUACACACCACCUCCUGGUGGAGGGCAAUGUGGCCUACAGCAUCAUGGGAGGAGCAUUCUUCAUUGAGGAUGGCAUUGAACAAGGCAAUGUGCUCCAGUAUAACCUGGUAGUCAUGGUGCAGCAAAGUACCAGCCUACUCAAUGAUGACCUUACCCCUGCAGCAUUCUGGGUGACCAAUCCCUCGAAUACAAUCAGACACAACGCUGCUGCAGGGGGUACACACUUUGGUUUCUGGUACCGUCUGCUGGAGCACCCUGAUGGACCUUCGUACACACCUGAUGUCUGCCCACGCAACGUUCCCCUCGGUCAGUUCUUAAACAACACUGUGCAUUCCCAGGGCUGGUUUGGGCUGUGGAUUUUCAGAACUUACCACCCACUGAAAGGGGGUCAGUGCAACUCCCUGAUCUCAGAACCAGCCAGAUUCGAUUCACUGAUCGCGUGGAAUUGUGAGAAAGGGGCAGAGUGGGUGAACGGUGGCGCUGUCCAAUUCCAUAACUUUGUGAUGGUCAAUAACGAGAAGGCUGGCAUAGAUACCAAAAAGAUCAUGCGCUCCUUUGUGAAUGAGUGGGGAGAGACGAUGGGAGCAGUGAUCAAAAACACCACAAUUGUAGGCCACACGGAUGGGCUUCGUUUCAACUCCACCAACUGCACCAGCAAAGGCAUUGCUCUGCCACUUUAUGAAGGGCUGACAGUAUUGUCAGUAAAAUUUGUAAACUUUGACCGGCCAACUUGCACUGCCCUCGGCCUGUCUGAGCUGAAAGAGCUUAAGAGCCUCUUAGUCCAGGGUUGGAACGUGAGAUUCAGUGGCAUUAAAUAUUUUAACACGACACACAAAGGUGCUUUUUCCUCGGAGAGUGAUGUCGUCCUACAUGAUCUGGAUGGGUCUCUCACAGGUAACCCUGGUAACAAGGUGCUUCCACACAGCUCGCUUUUGGAUCCAGCUCGAUGUCGCCCGUCAGUGGAGUGGAGCCAUGGGUACCCUGGAGUUGUGUGUGAUGCCUCCGUUACUAUCCAUCGCUUGACCUUGUCUGAACCUUCACCACUUGCUCUGAAAGAGAAUAAACUCAUCCUAUCAAAUUCCCACGGAACCAGUUUCAUCCCAUACUGGUCCAUGCAAGGGAUAAAUAACGGUCAUUGGCUGGCUCUUAUUCCAAAUGAUGAGAUCUUAAAUUGGCAUUUCAAGGAUAUGGAUCAUCUCACCAACAUCUCCUACAAAGCCAAGUUCCAUCACUUCAAGGACAAUGAUUCUAUUGUAAUGUCCCACAAAUUCGUACAGCAACCAAACCAUUUCAAGAUCAUGAAUUCAGUUCGGAAUAAUUCACUGCAGCCUCUCACUUGGGCCAGCAACCAGAACGGUGAUUGGUACUUUGACCAGGACAACUUGACCCUGUAUUAUCUGAUUUCAGGAAGGAGAAUUUCAGAUCAACACAGCUUUCAUUCAAACCUUGACCCAACAAUGGUUGACAUCGAUGUUCAGUUUCAAGUAUUUCGCUGUUUUUACAAGAACUGUGAGCCACCUCCCAGACAGCCAGAGAUCAAUGAUUCUUAUUAUGUGGCAUGGUCGAACUCCUCGUUCUGGGAAUCAAGGCUAGAAUCCAAUCACACUGUCCCUACUGAAGGUAGCAGCGUGCUGAUCGAACAAGGAAUCUGGAUGGUGGUGGAUAGCCCAAUUCCUCCACUCUAUAAUCUUACCAUCCUUGGUACCUUAGAAAUUAGGGAUGACAAUUUAGUGUCAGUCAAUCGUUCAUCGCCGUACACAAGAAUCAUCCUGAAUGCAACAUACAUUUCAAUUCAGGGAGGGCGGCUGAUUGCUGGCAGUCCAGAGAAACCAUUUCAAGGAGAGCUACAAAUUGUUCUGAGGGGAGACCAUUCAACCCCAGAGUGGCCUUUUGAAAAUGGCCCCAAUCAGGGGUCAAAGGUGUUGGGUGUGUUUGGAGGACUGGAUCUUCAUGGUAUUCCCCAUUUGGCCUAUAAAACCAAACUGGGUUCAACAGCACAUGCUGGCUCCCUCAACAUAACUCUGGCUGAAGCUGUCGAUUGGCAGGAAGGAGAUGAGAUCCUUGUGUCAACAACAAGCUAUAAUCAUAUGCAGACAGAAAUCAGAAGGAUCCACUCUAUCUCCUUUGAUAGAAAGACCUUGGGUUUGAACGAAGCACUAUCAUACACACACAUUGCUGAAACACAGGAAUUGAAGGAAAGUGGCCAGCGUUACACUCUGGCAGCAGACAUUGGCCUGCUUAGCAGAAACAUCAAGAUCAUUGGCCAUCAUCUCCCUGAUAAAGCAAAUGAAAUGUUCGGAGCACGAGUCUUGAUCAGUUCCUACUCUCAUAAUGGAGUAGAGCUCAAAGGUCAUGCCCGAAUACAGGAUGUUGAAUUUUAUCACAGCGGACAAUAUGGUUAUCUAAGUUACUUUGACCCACGAUAUUCUGUGUCUUUCCUCAACCUUGGAGAGAUUGUAGAAAAUGAUUCUUACAUUCGUGGGUGUGCUUUUCAUCAAGGAUUUGCUCCUGCAAUAGGUGUCUUUGAAACAAGUGGCCUUGAUAUCGAUGAUAAUGUCAUUUGUAAAAGUUCUGAUGGAGGUAUCAUAUUAAUGGGCGACAGGAAUCGGGCAAGAAGGAAUCUGGUGGCUCUCUCUUUGUGGUCUUCAAAUUCCAAUUCUUGGACUGCAGCAAUUGAGGUAGCUCAAGGCACUAAUGUUGUGCUACAAGAGAACAUAGUUGCAGGAUUUGAGAAGGCUGGUUAUCGAAUUAAUGGGGAACCAUGUCCAGAGCAAUCAAACCCUGUUGACGCCUGGUUUAAUAAUGAGGCCCAUGGAGGACAGUUUGGUAUUUACAUGAACAAGGAUGGCUUUCCCACUUGUAGCCUUAUCCAAGGAUUCACUAUCUGGAAAUGCUGGGAAUUUGGAAUAUACUUCCAGACGGAGAGAUCCGUGCAAGUCUUCAAUGUGACUCUGGUGGAGAAUAAAUUGAGUAUUUUCUCAAUGGUUUAUGGAUCCUUAGCAUCUGUACCUGAGAUAUCGAACAAGAGCAUUCUUAUUAGUAAUGCCUUACUGGUAGGAAUUAGUCCCACCUUCAACUGCUCAGAGUUACAACCUGAUGAUUCUACUCUGAGUGAGACAAAGGCCAAGCAGAAUUUUAGAAAAGCUUCAGCAGUGGGGAGGAAUGGAAUAUGCUGGCCAACGUUUGCCUCUGCUAGUAACAACGCACCUAAAAUGCCACAUGAUAGCUUGACGACCUACCCUGCAAUUAGUGGACGAAUGAUCGUAGAGAAAACGACGUUUGUUGGAUUCAAAGGCACAUGUUCCAACGAAUUGAAUGUUAUGUUUGUCACUAGUCAAAUGAACGAGGACUUUCAGCAUCCCAUUCUGGUGAAGGGAAUCACUAUUGUGGACAGUGAGGAGCAAGGCAAAGCCUUCAUACACAGACCUAAUCUGGGGAAAGUAAACUUUGCAGACUGUGUGGACAUGACUUGUGAUGCCAAGAAAAAGACACUGCUGAAAGAUCUCGAUGGCUCAUUCCUAGGGGCAGUUGGAGCAGUUGUCCCUCAGUCAGAAUACGAAUGGGAUGGUGACCUUCGCUAUGGGACUGGGGAUUAUCGAAUUCCAAAAUCCAUGCUGACAUAUUUAAAUGGCAGUCGUAUUCCUGUCUCUCAGAUUGCACCGCACAAAGGAAUUAUUCGAGAUUCCACUUGUACCUACAUGCCUGACUGGCAAAGCUACAAAUGCUUUGGAUUAAACUAUGAAAUACUGGUUAUUGAAAGCCUGGAUCCUGAUUCGGAGACCAGGCGAUUAUCCCCAGUAGCUCUGCUCUCAGAGGGUUACGUUGACCUUAUUAAUGGCCCCCAGGAUCAUGGCUGGUGUUCUACUUACGCAUGCAACAAGAGAGCUUCGAUCUUCUAUGCUGUUGUGGCAACAAAUAAAUCAUACGAGUUAUAUUUCACCAGCAUUAGCCCUCAGAACCUACGCCUAAUGCUUCUCAACACAGAUGACAGCAAAGUUAUACGUUUGGCAAUAUAUUUCUCCACAUCUCAGCGACUGGACGUGUAUGUGAACAGUACCUUUGUACCUCCUACCAAUGUAAAAUGGAAUACUGACAACACUGACUUUACGCUAAAGGGUCCCACCUAUACAGGAGAGUUCAUUCCCAAGUUGGAUUCCUCUGUCAUUGGAGAAAAUUACUUUGACAGAACGUACCAGAUGCUCAACGUUCUAGUGAAAGGAUCAACUCCAAUUGAGGUCCACACAGCUCCUGUCCUUCACAUCUCCUUUAGUCUACCUGCAAUGACAGUGGAUGAAUUCUAUGGCCCUAAUUUAGUGGAGAAUCUCGCCCUGUUCCUGAACGUACCUCGAAGUAAGAUCCGCAUUACUAAUAUUGUGCGGGAGACAAGGCUUCGCAGGAAGCGUGCUACAGGGAUCACAGUUGAGGUGGAAAUCAGAGACCCUCCAUUGCAGCAUUUUUCCGAGGACAGUAGUAACUCUACCAACACCACCUCUACUGAAGGCAAACUACAGUUCUCUGAUCUGAAGGAAAUUUCUAGCAAUCUUGGCGAGGCGAUGCUUACUGGAAAUCUGAGUGCUUCCCUGGGCUUUACAAUCUCUACAAUCGAUCUUUCCAGUCCUGUGCCACCUCCAGGUGACACACAGUGGGUUCAGAUGACUUCAAAACCAGUGCUGAGCAGAGAAGUGAGAACCAACCACAUGGCCACGAUGACAGGUCUCAUUGUAGUCAGGGAGCCAGCUGCUGGGCAAACUGGACAAACACUGAGCCAACAGCCCUGCGUGAAGGCAGUGGAUGAUGCUGGUAACUGUGUGUCAGUGGGUGUUACCACGUGGGAACUGGUUGCUGUCCUACUGAAUUCUCAGAACAUGACUGUUUCUGGACUUAAUGGGACAACAAGUAUCUUGUUCGAGGGCUGUUGGGCAAAUUACACUGACCUGUCCAUCAACACAAAUGGUACCAGCUAUAAACUAUUGUUCAAACUUAAGUCUAUUAAAACUCAUUCUGGCAUCUUCUCUGUGAAACAAAUAAAUGACAGCCCUGGGAAACCCUCAGGCGCCAGCCCAGCCUCAGUCUUCGGUAAUACAGAAGGGAUCAUUAGUGGCUCUGUGGUGGGAAGCAUUGUGUUCAUCCUCCUUGUUGCUGGCAUAACCUGGAAAUUAAUAGCAGGUAACAAGAAGAUUCAGGUGUCUACCAGACCUGAUGCACAAGACAAGAAACAAGUUGACACAGUCACUGGUUGUAAACUGGACAAGAGCCUCUGUCGAGUGCAAAACUGACCAGCAUAAAGCUUGAGAAAUGAUGAACGUAACCAGGAUUGAAUGAAGUUGAAGCAACAAAUGAAAUCCAACAAUCUUUUAUUUUUAGGACAAGCUGAUUAUAAUCCAACACAAUAGUGAGAUUUCCAUUAGGUUAACCUUCUAAUUCUUCAUCCAAUGAAACUAAUCUUUGUCAAGUAUAUCUUUAUAAUAUCCAAGGAGUUUCAGUCAUAUUCCUGCAAAUUUUCUUGAAAUGUUUUCAAUCCAGCCUUCUACUUGAAAUUAUGUACCAGCUGUUGAGGGUUGGUGGGGGGGUGGGGCAGUGAGAGUGGGAGAAGAGAUGUUUUUAGAUGGAUGUUCUAAUUUUAUAGAAAAAUGCCAAGCACAAUACAGGUAUACAAUACAACACAGUACAUAACCUUUACAUGUUGUUAUCAUUUGAAGUCAGUUCUCAUCAUCCAGUAAACAUCUGCCUCAAUAAGCUCACAUCUGCUUUUCAUUCACCAAUCAACAUGAAAGAAGUUAUAUACCACGUAACUGAGAUCAAUGUGAGUUAUGACAUAACACUAAUGAUAGUGUCUAGUUUUUUUUUAAAACUAUUCAAAAAUACAAUUGAUUAUAUUUGGAUUCCCCAGUUUUCACCUAGCUUACAUAUUGGAUGGUCUUUGUUUAUCUCCCCAAGUACCCAAAACUAUAUCCAAUACAUUACUGUUGUAAUUCGAGUUUUCCUCGUCACAAUCUCAAAUAUUUUGUUGGCCUCUUUGCCUUAAUCUACCAACAGCUACACAACAAAGAGCAUCAGUCCAGAGACAAUCCUCAAUAAUUAACAGUUCAUCCUUACAAAGUAUAUUACUUCGCAGCAGCAUGUGUAGGGUGCAUAGACAAUUAAAGUCAAUGGCAGUGAUUCUGAUUUGAUUUACAUCUUUGCUAGUAUUUGAUGUUUGGUUUACAAUGACAGUGAAUGGCUGUGUUCAACUAAAAAAAGUGAUUUGCUUCAGUACACAACAUGAGACUGAAAUCUGUUUUACAAGAGUUCUUAAUCAAUUGCAUAUUCAAAUCACAAAUAAUCUGAGUUUCUGCUUACUUGUAUAUUCAGAGCUGCCUUUAAAUAAAGUCUCAUAGGCUGCAGAA